ACGUAAUAUAAUCGUAAUAUUGGUAUGAAUAACUCAACCUCACUGGAUACCCAUACUGAAUUUCAUGUGAGUGUGCCUGAAUUUCGAGCAGCAGGGGAUACACUUUAUCGAACUAGGUUCUCCGCGGGGUCCCGGGCAGCGGAAAAUCGUGGCCUUUUAUCUUGCACACCAUUUAUUAGCUAAUGCCAAAUAGACCAAUCACGUGACAGUAUUCAAUACCUCUAAUAUUUCGGCGCGGUGACCAAUAUAAAUCAAUGCGGUGACCAGUGACCCCCUGUCCUUAUUACCUCAGCUGAAUUUCUCCGAGAGUAUGUACGAGUAUCCAUAUGUGUUCGUUCCCCUAUGAUCAAAUUGUCUGAUUUUCCAAAGGGCGGUUCAUUGAACAUAACCACAUGGUUUAAACUAGCGGUAAAGGAUUAUGCGAAGGGGCGAGCACCGCGCGCACGCAGUCUCACCCGACCAUAAAUUAUCCCAUGGAGACAGCGUUGAGCUGUUCCUGACUAUCACUGCAGCCAAAGUGCGAGGGGAGCAGCUCCAGACAUGGCCACGGCCUACGUG